AUGAAGCUCUGGGUGGCGCUGGCCCUGCUCGUCCUCGCCUCGGCCCGAGCGCAGGCGGAAGAGCUGGGCGACCCCGACGAGCUGGGCUACUUCUCCGACUGGUCCGACGGCGGCCAGGACAAGGAGGAGCUGCCCUUUCCCUUUGAGCACUUUCUCCAGAGAAUUGCCAGGCGACCCAGACCUCAGCAGUUUUACGGCUUAAUGGGAAAGCGAGAUGCUGGAUAUGGCCCACUGUCUCAUAAAAGACAUAAAACAGACUCAUUUGUUGGACUCAUGGGCAAACGAUCUUUAAAUUCUGGAUCUUCCGAAUGGAACACAGCACAGAUCUACGAAAGGAGGCGUAAAUGAGACCGUUCCUCCCUCCCCCGCUCAUUAUUUAUUGAACUUUAUUUGUUUAAAUGGGCAAGUUUGUGUAAUAUAAAAUAGCCAUUGUAAGAAAGAAUUCUUUAUUUAAUACUGAUCGUAAAUUCAAUAAAAAAAUUAUUUUUCCCCUCCUAUUGUGGCAGCGAUACAUGCAACAUACAAGUAAUGUGGUGGAUUCUGCUAUGACAACACCCGACAAAAUACAGAAAUCAGUUGGUGUUUCACAACAAAGCACAUCCUUUGGUAUGGUCUGUA